AUGGGGACGUAUUUCUUAAAAGAGCUGCAGUACCAGGGAGAUGACAAGGCAGCUGAACCCUACUUGGUGGAGUACUGGCCGCUGCCCGCCAUUAUGGCCAGACUCGGCCACAUGCAUCACCAACUCCACUACCUCAAGCUGGACAUUGAAGGGGCCGAGUGGGACGUGCUGGAGGAGACUGUGUUUAAGACAGACAUACUUGAAGGUACACAACAGCUGUCCAUUGAGGUACAUCUAGAGGACCUGCGCCAGGGGAAGGCGAGCUCCCAGGAUCACCACUCUCUACUAGCCAGUGCUGCCAAGUAUCUCAGGAUACUACGAGGUCUCCAGGCACGAGGCUUCCACCUUGCGUACUGGGAACCAAACUACAGAGGUUCAGAAUUGACAACUCAGGCUGGACUAAUGUUUCACGUGUUUUCUGAAACACUGUGGGUAAACCCUGGCUACCAUAAACGCAGAAAUUGGCCAGUUAAGGGAAAAAUGCCAGAGAAGCUGUGAAAUUUUUAUUAGUACUGUAAUCUUGACUAAGGGUAUAGCUCGUGUGGUCACGAGGCCUGGAACAGACAUAUUAGUUCUCCUUUCCAACACUAGGUAAACCCAGGCUACCAUAAAUGUAGACGUUAAAUGAAAAACAAAUAUAUGCCAGAGCAGCUUCAUCUUGAUGCAGUGAAUCAUUAUAAUCAAUAGCUUAGUACAGUACUGGUAUUCCAGUUUGAAAGUGAUACUAAAAACAUUGGCAGGAAACAAAAAAAAAAAAAAGUCCAUACUAUUAUGCAACUAGUCAAAUGAAAAAAUUAGGCUUUAGCCCAUCCAUAUUGGCACUAAGCAUGCUCAAUGAUUACUUAACCUCAUGAUUACAGAUUUAACUAGUCCUGGAGUUUAGGGGAAACAAAUUGGUUCUGCCUGUUUGUGUAAUAGCUUUGACUGACUGCAUUCGACUCCUCAGACUCAUAGAAUAGGUGGGUGACCAGGCCCCCCACCUGACUUGGACCAACUGUAUUGGAAGAUCAGGUUCCUUACCUCCAGCUGUGGUGGGGCCAAACCAAGCUUUGUCUAACCCAUCAGAUCAUCUCCCUUCCCCUAAGGCAAGGUUGAGCAAGUCCCCACUGGUGACUACCACGUCACCUGGAGUGACAGACUUCGAGGUGAUGCCCUUGUCAUAGUGCGCACACAUUUCCCAUCAUGGCUGCUACAGUCCAUGACCUGCUUGGACCCAUUGUCUCUCAAAUACAGUAUUAAUAUCACCUGAUGGCAUCUGCCCUGAUGAUUUGCACAUGCAUAGCUGACCUUAUAGACUCUGUACAUGUUCAGUUUAUUCCCAUCCAGAUUGGCACAUGAAUCAUUAAGGUUCCCUUUAAGGUGACUGCCUGCUUAGCUGUUCCCCCCCCCUCUCAUUGGUGAUGCUCCAGUUCAGGUUUCAAAGACCAUCUUGCCAAAUGCUAGCCUUGACACAAUCCUUCCAACCCAUGUUGAGAAGGGUGACAGAACUUUAUACAUUUUCAGUGGUUGUCGUCAUCCCCUUAAAAUACAGUAGUCAAGGUAAUUUUUGAUAGUCAAACCCUUCCAUCUUUAGUAAUUGUUACUGGUGCCAGAUGUUCCUUUCAGGAAUACAUACAUCCCCUCUCCAUGCCUU